AUGUCGUCUAGCAUAGAGCCUUCCACUUCCUCGUCCACCUCCACCUCUCCCUCCACGGCCCACGAUGCUACCAACCGAAUCCGCCUCAGCGUCGACCUCGGCCCGUCCCUGCGUGUCACCGUGUGGGUCCUCGUCGCCGUGUCCGGCGCCUUUCUCGGCACGCGCCUCUACUGCAAAUGGCGUCGCCACCGCACCCUCCACGUGGACGACGGGUUCCUGAUGGCGGCGUGGGCCAUGCUGAUUGCGGCCGAGGUUUGUACGACCAUCGAAGUCGCCUACGGGUUUGGCCAGCACACCGCCGCCAUCGUGGCCGCCACGGCGGGCGACGACACGGCCGCCGACAUCACCGGCCGCCUCAACCGCAUCACGCUGACGGGCCUGCUCACCAUCACGUUUGGCAUCUGCGCCCAGGCGUGGAGCAAGACCUCGUGGGCCAUUACGCUGCUGCGCGUCGCCAGCGGCUGGCACCGCCUGCGCGGCUUCGUGUGGUUUGCGCUCGUGUCCAUGAACCUGUUCUUUGCCGGCCCCACGCUCAUCUACUGGCUGCAGUGCACGCCCGUGGCCAAGGCGUGGCAGCCGCUGUUGCCGGGCACCUGCUGGCGUCCGCAGGUGGGCAUCGUCUUGGGCAUUGUCGCCAGCAGCUACUCCGGCCUCAUGGACCUCGCCUUUGCCAUCAUCCCCUGGUUCCUCCUCCGCCACCUCCAGAUCAGCCCGGCCGAGAAGCUCGGCGUCACCCUCGCCAUGAGCAUGGGCGUCUUCGCCGCCAUCGCCGCCUUCAUCAAGGCGUCCGCCCUCCCCUCCUUGACGUCGCCCGAUUUUGCCUUUGACGGCGUCACCCUCACCUUGUGGGGCACCGCCGAGCCGGCCGUGACCAUCAUGGCAGCGUCUGUGCCCAUGAUGCGCGUCCUCGUCCAGUCGGUGCGGAAGCCGGCGUCGUGGGCCGGCAGCGAAGAGAGCGCCCCUAUGCCAGGUGCGACCCCUGGGGCCGUCACAGAUACAACUGCCACAGAAGCGGCAAACGGCUCGACUGGUCGGAUGCAGCAAGCAACAUCAGUUGAAGAGGAUGGCCUGUCGCGAGCACCGGCAACCCAAGAGUUGGAAAAGGGCAUUCCCUUGUAG